AUGUCUCUUGUCCGGACUCUCAUCACCACCCUCCUCCUCACACCCUCCCUCGCCCUCCCACUCAGCCCUUGGCACAGACCAUUCCAGGGCGACGGCUUCCCACUCAUCCCCUGGUACAGAGUUUUCAGAGACGAUGGCUCGCCCUCAGCCGGGUGGCCUGCCCAAGAAGACUGGCUCCCUUUCGACGACGCCUGGCUCGUAGCCCUCCCUCAAAUCGGUAACUCGUGCUACAACAACGGCUGGGGUCCAAAUAACACACCCACCGAGUCUCUGGCCUCGCGAUCCUCCAUCCUAUCCACCGCAACCAAGUCCUCCAUUCCCGCCGAGUUCAUCCUCGUAAUCAUCAUGCAGGAAAGUCGAGACUGUGUUCGCGCGCCUACCACCGAGUAUGCUGGAAACCAGAACCCAGGACUCAUGCAGACAGCUGGACAUGCUAGCUGCCAUCCUUCCAACGCGGAGCCCAUGUCACAGUGCCCGAAUAACAUGAUCGGUGAUAUGAUCAACGAAGGCACCAUGGGACGGGGUUUGGGUAUGAAUUUGAGAGACGCACUGAGUGCGUUCAAUGAUGAGGGCGCGACAAAGUACUAUAAAGCUGCUCGCCGCUACAACCCCGGCGCCGGCGUCACGUCCAUGGAUAUGGGUGUGGGAAGCACGCCUUGCUAUGCCAGCGAUGUUGCGAAUUGGCUUGUUGGCGGCAUGUACAGCCGAGACGGGAAGACUGGGUGUGAUAAUGCGAGCGUGAGAUUGUGA